AUGGAAAGAGCAAAGUCAUCCGUUGAACAAAUCCAGCCCCCAUCUUAUGGGGACUUGGUAACCAUCCUGAGCAUCGAUGGUGGUGGCAUUAGGGGUAUAAUCCCUGCCACUAUUCUUGCUUUCCUCGAAUCUAAACUCCAGGAGCUGGAUGGAGAGGAUGCAAGACUUGCAGACUAUUUCGAUGUCAUCGCAGGAACAAGCACCGGCGGUCUUGUAACGGCCAUGUUAACUGCUCCAAAUGAAAACAAUCGCCCAGUCUUUGCUGCUAAAGAUAUCAAACCCUUUUAUCUGGAGCAUUGCCCAAAAAUUUUCCCUCAACAUAGAGGGCUUCGUGCGACGGUGGUAGCAAAAGUGAUCAGAUCAUUGGGAGGACCCAAAUACGAUGGAAAAUAUCUUCACUGGAUCAUUGGAGAGAAGCUGGGGAAAACUCUUUUGCGCCAGACGCUCACCCACGUUGUCAUCCCCACCUUCGAUAUCAAGAACCUGCAGCCAACCAUUUUUUCGUCUUAUCAGAUUAACAGGUGCCCUUGCUUGAACGCAAGACUCGCUGACAUAUGCAUCGGCACAUCGGCGGCGCCUACGUACCUUCCUGCCCACCACUUCAUGAACCAAGACUCCACUGGCAAAGAACUUGAAUUCAACCUCAUUGAUGGUGGCGUAACUGCAAAUAAUCCCACACUCGUGGCUAUCAACCAAAUAACGAAAGAGAUAAUGGAGGAUAAUCCUGACUUCUACCCAAUAAAGCCUUUGGAAUUUAGGCGCUUCCUAAUAAUCUCACUAGGGACGGGCACGCCCAAGAAUGAGAAAAGAUUCACUGCACAGCUAGCAGCCAAAUGGGGCCUACUGGGUUGGCUAUCCCAUGGAGGCUCUACUCCUUUGGUGGAUGUGUUCACUCAGUCAAGUGCUGAUAUGGUUGAUUUCCAUGUAGCUACUAUCACUCAAGCGCUCCAAUGUGAAGAUCGUUACCUCCGAAUACAGGAUGAUACACUGACGGGUACGGAGUCUUCGGUUGAUAUUGCCACAAAAGAGAACUUGCAGAAGCUGGAACAAAUUGGGGAAAGGCUGUUGAAGAAACCUGUCUCUAGGGUGAACUUAGAAACUGGUGAGUCUGAGCCAGCAGGGAACGGGGAGACCAAUGAGGAAGCUCUUGUUAGGUUUGCGAAGUCACUUUCCCAUGAGAGGAGACUCCGAGGAAUGAGAUCUCCGCAUACCAACGAGGCCUAGCUCAGCGCCG